AUCCCUGUGGCCAUUAUAUGCAUAAAUGUCGUCACAAUGCUUGAUUAAUGCAAGAGGUGGAUGCAGUAUAAAUUGUGUUAUGGGCAUGAUGCAGGCGUCACAGCCCAGCGAAGGGUCGAACGGUGCUCACGGGAAAAACGGAACAAAAUGAAACUCAUAGUCGCAGUUGCUUUAUUAUGCGUGGUGGCAGAGUCCUGGGCCGCCUCCACCUACACUGACAAGUGGGACAACAUCAAUGUGGAUGAAAUCUUGGAGUCUCAACGCCUUCUAAAAGCGUACGUCGACUGCCUUCUUGAUAGAGGUCGUUGUACUCCCGACGGUAAGGCCCUUAAAGAGACCCUCCCAGACGCCUUAGAAAAUGAGUGCAGCAAAUGUACAGACAAGCAAAAGUCUGGUUCAGAUAAAGUGAUCAGGCACUUAGUGAACAAGCGCCCAGAAAUGUGGAAGGAACUGUCUGCCAAGUAUGACCCUAACAACAUCUACCAAGACAGGUACAAGGACAAAAUCGAAGCCGUGAAGGGCCAGUAAAGCACUGAGGAGUCAUGCCGAGGAUGUCGCUUAGCAAAUGAAGACACGGGUGGUGGAAAUGGAAAUUUAUGAUCAGACGCAGUUACCAAAGCUUUAAUUGGAGUUUAUUUACAUAAAUAAUAUGUUAUUUUUAUUAA